AGAAAGAGCGUAUCAGUGUGUCUCACACUAGUGGACACAGUGUCGCUCGUGUACGUAGCUGAAAAGCACUUAAUGCCAUUCAUGUCAUUCGUCAGUCAUUCACCAGGAAAUACUAGCAGUAUCAAUAAACAUAGAAACACAUAAAAUGUCUGUUUUGAACAACUUUGAAUGCGACAAGUGCGCCUAGAGAAUCUCUGUCACGACGCGUGAUCGUUGCGCUUCUCUUUGACAUGGAAGAGCCCGGGAACCCAACGACGCUGGUACCCUUUGUUGAAGAUAAUGUGCUGAUCGACACCGGGAAUAAUAUAAAGACGACGCAGGAGGGUCCACGUAACGAGGAGGACUUUUUCCUGGUAUCGCAUAGCCAGGAUGAGCAAUACUUCGGGCAGAAUGUCGUCGAGACGGAGCAGCAGACGGAGGAGGCACUCGCGUGGACGCAUCUCUGCAGGAUAUGUGCCAACCCAAAGAAUCAACUAAUACCUAUCUUCGAGGAUGUAGGACUCGAAUAUGACUUGUCCAGCAAAAUACUCAAGUACCUGCCGAUACAUGUGUCCAAAGAUGACACUCUGCCUUCUCAAGUAUGUUACCAAUGCACCAGUAUAUUGCUGUCCUGGCACGAGUUAAUUGAGGGAUGUCUGAAUGCAGAGAAGAAAUUGCUAGAAAUACAGAACAUGCUGCAAAAUAAACAUGAGUAUCAUAAAUCUAUAUCUGCAGAAAAUGAAGUGGGAAUUUCUGCAUCAAUUGCAGCAACAACUGCAACACUCAUACCGGGUAUGGACACUUUGCAACCUGAUCAGCAAGAAAAAAAUGAUAACAAAAAUGAGAUGCAUAUUGAUGUGGAAGAAGACACAAAUAAGUCUACCAGAUUGCAAAUCAGCCGUGAUCGAGUCGACAUUUGUUCUCAGAAAGCGUGGAAGAUGUUAGCAGAAAAACGCAUAUCUAAAAAUAAUCUACUUCAAGCAAAAUCAUUCGAUAUUGUUGACGAAAAUCCAAAGAGUGUUUUUGCAAAGCAUAUCGCUACUGACGUAUUGAACGAACAUUUCUUUCGCACAAAUACAAUCUGCAAAACACGCGUCUCGGAUAGAUCAGCGAACAACGAGAAGAAGAGAAAGAAAAGUUUAAAUUGUAUGAUAAAAACGAAAGCACAAAAACAGACGAGCGAAUCAGGGGCGUGCCUAGACCAAGGUGUUGACCAGUCCAAAUCCGGCAAGGUCGUGUCCGCUGACUCGGUACUAGUCUGUAAGAUUUGCAACAAAAAAUUUUGCUCCGGGAAAAGUCAUCGUAUCCACAUACGCGUUCAUUCGGGAGAGAAGUCGUACACGUGCCACAUUUGUGGGAAGCAAUUCGUUCAGGGCGGUAGCCUGUAUUAUCACCUGAAGCAUGUGCACGAUGGCGUGAAAAAUCACACUUGCGAUAUAUGCGGCCGCAGCUUUGCCAUGAAGACCGCCAUGGAAGAUCAUCGACGUAUUCACACUGGUGAGCGUCCGUACGUAUGCCACACCUGCGGCAAAACGUUCAAGACCAAAGCGUCCAUCUACAUACACAAUAAGACUCAUACGGACGAGUUCCCGCACAAUUGCACCUAUUGUGCCAAAAGAUUUCGCUGGAGACAACAGAUGCUGGUACAUUUGACGGUGCAUACAGGUGAGAAAAAUCAUACGUGCGACGUAUGCGGCAGGGGUUUCGGCGUGAAGAACGAUUUGACCAGGCAUAAGCGUAUCCAUUCCAAAGAAAAACCGUUCACGUGUCAGCGAUGCGGCAUUAGCUUUAGUCAGAAACGCUACCUCAAAAAUCACGAACGUUUAAGAUUGGGAAUAUGCGAACACACAAAAAGUUCAAGUCGAGUCGAAUGAAAUUCAUCAAUUUAUCACGCGUGAAAUAAAUAAAUUUAAAUUAACCGAUAGUAGACGUUACUUGACAUAAAUAAUCAAACACUCAGUAUUCAAUGUAGAUAAACAAAACUUUAUAGAUUCUUAAAACUAAUGAUUUUUAAUUUUUUUCAAUUCACGGCAUGCUGAGCAGGAAUUCUCCCAAAACGUUGAGCAAUAAGAAGACUUUUCAUAUUAUUUAAUACUUUCAAAAUAUUUUGACGAUCGUUUUAUUUCUCAAUUUUUUCUCUUUUUCUCGACCUUAUUUUUUAAUCUUUACUUUUGUGACAAAUCGAUUAAAAGACUUCGAAGCUUACAAUUGUUUUUACAUUUUAAAAUUAUUUGUUUACUUGAAAAAGACUUUGUACUAAGGCUACUACUAUAAUAUUGUAUAUGUACAUAACACUAUUAAGUUCCACUUGCCGUUCGCAACGCUCAUGGAAUCAUUUUAUCUCUGUUUUUCAUCAAAAAUUAAACAAAGAUAGGACAAAUAACGCUCACGAGCGUUGUGAACGGCAAGUAGAACUUACCCUAUAUAUGUUAGAUAUACGUUAAAUGCUAUUAUACUAAAUUUAUAAAUUAUAACAAAUUUAAAUUAUAACAUUUAAAUUAUAACAAAAUAUUUUUCAAUUUUAGUCAAUGUAAACACAUUACUUCAGUUUGAAUGGCAUUAAUUAUAUUAAUAUAAUUGUAACAUGUAUAUUGCUUGAAAUACUUGAAUUAAUAUAAUU